AUGAAAAAGAAAAGGAAAACUGGGGACUCUAAAGGGAAGGAAGAGGAAACUGUUAUACUUGAUAAAAAUAAAGUACACCAGUUUGAUAGUGGUUUAGAGUCAAGUAGAGAUGUGAAUCCAUCUCCUCAGGAACUUGAAUACCCUGAUCCUGAGUUCACUGAUUUUGAGAAGUACAGGUCAGAGAACAUUUUUGCUGUUAAUCAAGUCUGGGCUAUAUAUGACACAUUGGAUGGCAUGCCAAGAUUUUAUGCACGGGUGAAGAAGGUGUACCGUCCAGGUUUCAAGCUACAAAUUACUUGGCUAGAGCCUGACCCGGACGAGGAAAAACAGCAGAACUGGGUCGAUCUGGAUCUGCCUGUUUCUUGUGGCAAGUACCGCAAUGGGUCAUCAGAGGCAUGUGUAGAUCGUCUGAUGUUCUCCCAUCGGAUUGACCUCAUAAAACUUUCCAGUAAAUGCUUUUUUGUCUAUUCUCGGAAAGGGGAAAUUUGGGCUCUCUUCAAAGAUUGGGAUGUUAAAUGGGCUUCAGAACCAGAAAAGCAUAAGCCACCGUACCAGUUUGAUUUUGUGGAGGUUCUCACUGAUUUUGAUAAGGAAGUUGGCAUUGGGGUUGCUCAUUUGGGUAAAGUGAAAGGGUUUGUCGGUAUUUUUAGACAAACUGAAUGUGGAGUUAUCUCGUUUCAGAUUUCAUCAUUUGAGCUUUAUAGAUUUUCACAUCGAGUUCCCUCAUUAAGAAUGACUGGCAAUGAAAGAGAAGAUAUACCUGUGGGAUCUUUUGAGUUGGAUCCUGCUUCUCUUCCUACAUACCUUUUUGAGCUGGUUGAUUCUGGUGAUAUGAAGCCGAGUAAUGAGGAUGAAAGUAUCGAAGCUAAUAAGAGAUUGCAACUUGACUCAGCCCAAAGGAAGUCACCGAGAGAUUUGAGCAGCAGUCAAGCAAAUGCAAGUCAAAAUGACACUAGAGAAAAUGGCAAGAAUAAUUCAGUUUCCAACAAAAAUGAAAAGUAUGACAUUUUUGGUAAUACAGAAGGAGAUUCCUUGAAUCCGCCUGUUGGUAACAUGCAUUUACAUGAGAGGGUUAGUGGUACAGUUGAUGUUACUAAAACCUCGAGUGUCUCGACAACAAUGUCUCCUGCAAGUAAAGCUUCAAAUUUAGAGUGUUACGAUUUUAAGAGGGAGAAAUGCGAGGAUAAAUUUGCUGUUGAUCAGAUAUGGGCAUUGUAUUGCGGGGAUGGAAUGCCAAAGGAGUACGCCCAAGUUAAGAAGAUCGAAGCUACUCCUGAUUUCAGAUUGCAUGUGGCUCUGCUGGAGUUAAAAGUGGUCAAACCAAACUUGUCUCCUGUAAUGAAGUCUCGCAUCAAGUACGAGUUGAGCACAUAG